GAGCGCGAGCAUGUUUGACAUGAGAUGCCCAGUAGAGGCUGCUGUGAAUCAACCUCACAGUAAAGAUCGCCACGAAAAGCUUCAGAUCAUUCAACACCAGCUGAAGGAAGAGGAAGAUCAGUGGCAAGAUGAUUUAGCCCGGUGGAAAAACCGUCGGAGGAGUGCUUCCCAGGAUUUGCUGAAAAAAGAAGCCGAGAGGAAAAAGAUGGAGCAGCUACUCACUGGAGGAGAGGGAAGCAACGAGAGACGGAAGAGCAUCAAGACGUACCGAGAGAUUGUGGAGGAGAA